UCUAGUGCUUUCAGGUUUUCCAUGGUGGUCUAGCUUCAAUUGACUCAUGAUUUCAACUAUGAAAAGAUUGAAUAUAUAUGGUGAAUACCUGAGUUGAUAUAUUUCUCACGACCUCAAACCAAAUUUUCAUUGAAUCUGAGAUGAUAUUUAGCUUCAACAUUCAUUACAUAUUGAUGCUCAAUGGUUGGUUUAGAAUUCAUCAAGUUGUGACUUAUGCUCAAGACUUGAAAGAUUGCUGUGAAUAAAUAAAGACCGAUUAAUUGUUCAGUGUCUUUGUAGAAACGUGGUUUUUAAUGGAAAUAAUAAGUAGUCUGCCUAGUAACUGCAUUUAUUCAGGUCUUUAGAAAUCUAUCCUAUGAAGUUCUGUGUGUUUAUUUAUUUAAACACAUAAACAUUGGUACGAGGAGUAGCUGAAUAUAUAUGCGCCACACAAAUGAUUCAAUGUGGUUUUCCAACUCACAUAGUGUCCACCAAUUCGAUUAAACCACCGAAUGUUCACUUUAUACCCUCUCAAUUUCGUGAACAACACCACUUGGAGAAGGCAGUCAGUAGAACUCUCGUGUCGGUGUCUAUUUAUGCGUGUCCAUGUGAGAGCAUUUGGAGGUAGAGAGCAGGCUCUUCCCACCCUCUACUGUAUCAGGGCAUUUGGGGGCGAAUCUUAAUGUGCAUCAGUUCUAUUCAGUAUAAAAUGCCUUUGCUCGUUAUCCAGGCCUUUCAACUAUCUUUCAUAUCGUAAUCUCUUAAAUAUUUCGGUUAGAGUUAUCAUUUUGUGUCAACCCUGGCCCAGCUGCAACCAUGCAGACAGUAAAAUGGCAAACUAAAUACACAAAACAACAAGAACACGUCAUUCUCCAAUCUAUACUGUAAGUUAGCGGUUAUCCUGGCGUUGCAUCAUCUCUCACUCUAGGUAGCUCAUCGAAAUGCUUGAUUAGCUUAACAAGAAAUGCGUUCUUCAAUGCAUUGCCUAUAUAAAUAACCGUCAACAACAUUCCAGGCAUUGUCCUAAGAAUUACACUCAACUCAUAUCAAUAGUCUUAGUAGCGCACUUGUUGUUUGAUAUGCUACGUUGCUAACUUUUAUACUAAUGCUUAACUUAUCGUUUGAAUAACCUUAACGUUAUCUUUCUUCCUUUUAUAGAUUUCUAUCAAUGUCACAAUCCAAUUCAACUGAUCAUACUAAUUCAUAUAGUAAUGAUUCAAUAAAUCAAAACACAGAAAAUCAUGAACAGUUAAUUCAUUCUAGAUUAGGCAGUAUUGUACCAGAAUGUGAUACAGUAAAAACUGCUUAUGAUUUAUGUUUUCAAGAAUUUUUCCCGAAAUUUCUAAAAGGUCAUACCUAUGAAACAGAUCCAUGUGAAUCAAAAUUGAAAAUUUAUCAAAAUUGCCUCCGUGAUGCAUUGAAAAAAUCAUUUAAUAUGGAUUUGAAUGAAUUAGAUUCAAUACGAACGGAUGCUGAGACAAUUAGAAAGAUUACAAGUAAAGCAAAAUAAUCUAUUCUAUUUUUUUUUGUUUAACUCCUUCUGACACCUUCUUUUAAUGGAUAUGGAUCACAUCGGGCAAGUAUGAAUUUUUUUUGAAGUAGCGAUUAGAGCGUCUGUGAUAUACAUCAGAUGUAGUUUCGUCUACACAAAGUUUAGAUUUUUAUAUGCUUAAUGAUUAGAUGAAUUCAUUUGAAUGAAGCAAUUUCAAACAAGUUACCUAAUGAUUAAUUGUCUAUAUUUAUUAAACCCAGUCUCAAGGCCGGAUAAAGGAGGAGGGUUGGGCAUGUGGUUAGCGACCCCAUCUCGUAGAAAACCAACUCGCUAAAAAAAAACGCUAAACAGUAGUUGUGAUGAUUUAAAACGUAUGAUCGGACUGAUAGAAAGUUCAAGUUUGUGUCAUUAUAUUGAGAUUUAUCGUACGAAGAGUUUAUCGGAUUCAAUGUUAAUUUAGUGAGUUUUUCUAUUAUCUUUGUUGUACAGUUCACGGAUACAGAAGGCUCGUCUAG